UGUAAAAGUCCCUCGAAAUUUCUGACCGUUGGAAGAGUUGGAAGGACAGAAAGGAGUAGGCGAUGGCACAGUUAGCCUGGGUCUAGAGGGUGACGAGGAAAUGACACUUACAAGAUGGACAGGGAUGAUAAUUGGGCCUCCAAGAUCAAUUUAUGAAAACCGAAUAUACAGCCUUAAAAUAGAAUGUGGGCCUAAAUACCUGGAAGCACCCCAUCUGUAAUCCCCAUCUGUAAGAUCUGUAACAAAAGCCAAUUUGAGCUGCGUGAGUAGUUCAAAUGGAAUGGUGGAUACAAGGGCCAUGACAGUGCUGGCAAAAUGGCAGAAAUCCCAUAGCAUCAAAGUCAUCCUGCAGGAGCUUCGGCUCUUGAUGAUGUCAAAAGAGAACAUGAAGCUGCCACAGCCUCCAGAAGGACAGUAUUACAGCAAUUAG